CAGUGCAGAACUACAACGUCCCACGGUCUGGACACGUCAUCAGUCCGCGCCGCACGGUUGAAACGUGCUUUGGUAAAGGAGAGGAGAGAGAAGACGAGUCCCCACGUGAAUCCGUGUUAACAUGGCGGCGAUUCAAGAGCCAGAAGUCCAGCUCGCACAGAGACUAGCUUCCAACGAGAAGCCAAUCCGGACCAAGGCUAUAAAGAAACUGAGGAAAUACAUAAAUGUCCGGUCUCACCACUCGACAAGUGGAUUCACAGUUGAUGAGCUGCUCAAGCUAUGGAAGGGUCUGUUCUACUGCCUGUGGAUGCAGGACAAACCACAGCUCCAGGAGGAGCUGUCCAACCAAAUCUCCACCCUGAUCCACAGCUUCCACAAUAUCGAUGGACAGUUGUUGUACCUGGAGAGCUUCCUGCAGACCUUCAAAAGAGAGUGGACUGGUAUCGACAGGCUGCGGAUGGACAAGUUCUUCCAGCUGGUUCGCUUCAUGUUCCGACAAACCUUUGAGAUGCUUAAGAGGAAAAACUGGGAUAGCUGUGUGGUUGGCAGGUUUCUGGAGCUGCUAACAGCACAGCUCCUGCAGAGCAGCAGCGCAGCGCCCAUCGGGCUGCAGUUCCACAUCCUAGACAUUUACAUGACUGAACUGGCAGCUGUGGGAUCAGCAGAGCUCACUGCUGAUCAGAACUUGAUAUUCAUCGAGCCAUUCUGCAAAACAGCAGCCAAAACCAAGGAUCGCUCUCUUUUCAGUGCCAUCUGCAACAGCAUCCUCAGCACUAUUAUUGACCAGGCCCCCUUUGCUAUCGAAGAUUUGAUGAAGGAGGUGAAAGCAGCUGAGGCCUCAGACUCAGACUCGGGACAGGCUUCUGAAGAGGACGAGCGUGACGACGAACUGAAAGAGAAAAUGAUCAAACCGGUGGGCGAGAAAGGGACAUGGAAGCAGAUUAACGGAAAUGAAGAAAAGGACGACGAUGACGAGGACGACGAUGAAGAGGACGACGAUGAAGAUGACGACGAUGCUGAUGAACUUCUUCACUUGGAAGACUCCGACACAGAGGAGUCAUGUGAUGAAGACGUCGGACCAGUCUUACAGUUUGCCUAUGCAGCCCUGGCAGACAAGCUGUUUGAGUUGGCCAGUCGGAGCAGCACACCCAGCCAGAACAGACAGAGACUCUACAAAAUCAUCAGAGUACUGCGUGACCUGAAUGAAGGCAUCUUUCCUCAGGACGAGUAUCCAGAGGAGGUCUCCACAGAUGAGGAUGAUGACAUGUUUGGUAGCAGGAAGCGGAUGAAGAGAGGACGAGGUCACGUGGAGGAUGAGGGUGUUCCAGCAGCCAAGAAAAGUAAAGGAAGGGAGGCAUCCACACUCAAAAAGCCAAACAAAGAGCCAGGGAAAGAUGACAAUGACCCAGCUGAUGUAACUGCACAUAAUGAAAACAAAACGAAGAAGAAGAGGAAGAGGAAGAAGAAAAGGAAAGCAGGGCAGGGUGGAAGUGCAGGUGUUGAGGAAAACGCAGACGGGUCUGAAAAAGAACAGACUGUGGCUCAAGCUCAAAGGACAAGUGAAGAGAUUGACUCCCUCUCAUCUGUGAAAGUGACGGAGGCAGCUACUCCAGAGGAUCAGUCCGAAACGCUGCUCCUCUCUGAAGUACAGAAACAGCCUGCAGUCACAGUCACAGAAGAAACGAGCCGACCAACUCCCUGCACAACUGACGAGGACCAAUCUGAAAAGUUUUCAAACAAGAAGAAAAAGGAGGAGACUUCUGAGCUCAAAGCUGAUGUGACACAGGUGGCAGAGGAUCAGCAGACUGUUGGAGCAGAGUCAGAGAGGUCCUCUGAAACUGCUGCUACAGUCUCGGGGGAGAAGAAGAAGAAGAAGAAGAGGAAAAAGAGGAAGUCUCUGAAGGCAGUGUUUCAUUCCGAUGAGAUUGUUGCUGUAUCGCAGGUCAAUGCAGAAGCUGAGAUCAUACCAGUAAGUAGUGAGGAGUCUGCUGAAAGAAAUGAAACGACACCACCUGAGACUGAUGCACCUCCUGCAAAGAAGGAAAAGAAGGGCCUGAUGGCUAAGAAACAUCUCAAGGAGGAUGAGGGUAAUGCUGUGAGCACAGAAGCAGAUUUCCCAUCAAAAUGUUGUGAGGAUUCAAAAGAAGAUGGCCCAACCACUGAACUGGACAAGCCAGAUGAUUCUACAACCCCGUUCAAAAAGAGGAGUAAGAAAAAGAACCUCAAGGCUGAAGCACCAAAGGUUGAGACUGAGGCACAGUUGGAGACAAAGGGGAAACAAACUGAUGCUGAAGUCCCAUCAAUUGAUGAGGAAGCAUCACAAGAUGCCACCGCAGUGCCACUUAAAAAGAAGAAGAAAGGCAAGCAGGAGGACGUUUCACCUGCUGCAGAUGAGAGCACUAUAACACCACUGAAGAAGAAGAGGAAAAAGACUCAAAAAGAAUUGAAGACAACAGUAGAAGAGGAGACAUCGACGGAAACGCCUCAGGCUGUGGAUGCCGAGUUUAAGAUCACCAUGACGACACCAGCAAAGAAGAAGAAAAAGAAGUCGGCAGCAGCCCAGGUGGACAAGAAAGAUGAAACGCAGUUGCAGAUGGAUUGCUGCUUCGAUGAGCUCCCAUUGGAUGAAACUGAAGUGGUCUCUUCUUCUGAGAAACCAUCCAAGAAGAAGAAGAAGAGGAAGAUCCCUGUGGUGUUUGAGUACGAGGCCGAUGAGCUGGAGGCGGCUGCACAGGAGGCUACGUCCAUCAACGGCUUUGCAGAAGAAGAAACUGUCGCCAAGAAGUCAAAAGCAGGAAGUGAUUUGACAAAGCCAUCCAUAUCUCUGCGCACUAAAAAGUCACAAAAGAAGGCGAAGACUUCCUUAGGGUCAGCGUCUGACCUGAUAACCUUCCAGAGCAAUGCUGCCGUCCCGACAGCACUCUUUUGCAGAACGCCGCUGUCCAGCAAGAAGAAGAGUCAAACUCCCCAAUCAGACUCCAAGAAGGUGACCUUCGGUCUCAAGAAUAAUAAGACGGCUGAGUUUAGGAAGACUGACCGCAGCCUGCUGGUGAGUCCAGACGGGUCAUCACGAGUGCCCUUUGACCCAACGCAGAAACCUAAGUUUGGGGUCUUAAAGUCUCCGCCCACAUCACUCUCUGCCAGAAAGACCCCCAAGGCCAACAGGAAGUCCAGCUUGAACACUCCAAAGGGCAUGGCUAAACGCCGCCCCUUGGCAGCAGACUUCUUCUAACAAACGCCUCGCUUACAGACUUCAGAUACAGACGUCAUGCUCUGUGUACUUGUGAGAGUGUGUGUGUGUCUAUAUAUAUAUAUAUAUAUAUAUAUACACACACACACACACACACACACAUUAUUUUACAUAU